AUGGAGAGCUUUUAUCACUCUAUCGGCUACUCAUUUCCCCAAGCUGCAGCUCUCUGGUCUCAAAUCGUAACUAUCUAUUCUCCACCGAAGAUUGAAUUCAUCGGGACAUUCCUUAUACAAAUCGUGUCUUUCUGGCUGCCGUCAUUGUGUUAUAUUUGGUUAGACACGAUUGCUCCGUCAUUCUCGCAGCGCCAUAAGAUUCAGCCAGCCCCCAAACAACCCACGCGACGCGAUAUCGCACGCUGCUUUCUAGUUGUUAUCCAAAACCAGAUCCUCUCGUCUAUUCUUCACAUUCUCCUUCUUUCUGUUAUCGGUAGAACCGGUUCAGGAUCCUCAUACCGCAUCGAAGCUUCUUUGCCAUCGGCUCUUGAGAUCCUCUGCGAUAUCCUCAUCAGCCUUCUCAUGCGCGAGGCCUUAUUCUAUUAUAGCCACCGGCUCCUCCACAUGCCGUAUUUCUACGUGCGAAUCCACAAAAAACAUCAUCGAUUCACAGCUCCGAUCGCAUUGGCUGCCCAAUUUGCACAUCCACUCGAGCAGAUCUUCGCCAAUGCGCUACCGAUCUCUCUCCCGCCGCAGCUGCUACGGAGCCAUGUGGUGACAUUCUGGAUCUUCCUGGCCUAUGAGCUAUUUAACACCGCGACCGUUCAUAGCGGGUAUGACUUUUUCCAUAGCAAGGCCAAGAUGCAUGACCUGCAUCAUGAGAAAUUCAACUUGAACUAUGGGUCGAUUGGAUUGCUGGAUUGGGUUCAUGGGACGAAUCAGCUGGGGAAGCGGCGUACAGAAUAG